AGGACAUGGUCCCACUCCCACAUCUGCACGUACUCCACAAGAGCGACACCAUCCUUUUGUAACAGCACCGUUAGGCCUUUCUGCUGCAAACGAGGAAUCACCUAGUAUUUAGUGGUGACCGUCCAUUAUCAAUGCUUUGGUUAGCUCACUACUUUCUCUGUUUCUAAGGUCACCGUCUCCGUAUCGUCAUUUGGUCUUAGGCAUUGCGAGUCGUCUUGAGAUGAGCUUGGCGGGCGCAUGCUAACUGGGGAUCGCUUUCGGAUCCUAGCCCGUGAUGGCGACCAGAUUUGCUACUCGUAUUCUCCGUCCAAGAAAGCAGGACUGGCUACAACCUGGAACGUCCAAAUACGCUCUGCUUUUAGAAAGACAGUUCACCGCUUCCUCCCUAGGGGAUAAAGAUGGCGAAACCCAGAGAAGCCUUCCUGAAAACGCUUCACAGGAACCUGCUAGGCCAGAGCCAUUUGCGGGAUUAAAGCCAUGGCUUCGGCCUUUGAUGCCAAAAGCUGACGGCAGUCUUCCAGAGGCCGUUAAAGUCGCUGCUAAAGCUUCCGGUGUGCAGGAUCCGACGGUGAAACGAGUAGCAGAGGGCGUGACAUCCACCACACCCACCAGAGUAUUCGAAGUGCCCGAGCUCAUCGGAAAUGACAGAGACCUUCCGGACAUGUCCCCUGGAGAGGUCCCUAAGGGUUACAUUGAUCCCGUUAUCCCGGAAGUCUGGGGUCGGGUUCAUUCGAUCGAGUCCUUUUCAGCAGUGGACGGACCUGCCAUUAGGUCCGUGGUCUUCGUGCAGGGGUGUCUAAGGCGAUGUGUCUUCUGUGCCAAUCCGGAUACCUGGAGUGUGACGGCCAAGUGCCAACGAUUAUCAUCCAAAGACAUUGCUGCACGUUUGAAGAAGAAUCUGGCCUACUAUGAAGGCGGUGGUGGGGUGACCGUGUCAGGAGGGGAGCCAAUGAUGCAGCCUCACUUCUGUAGUGCUGUUUUCAAAGAGGCUCAUCGAUUAGGAAUCACGACAGCACUUGACACAGCCGGAUAUGGAAGGGCAAAGGACUGGGCUGAAGUCCUUCCACACACUGACACUGUUCUCCUGUGCACCAAGGCCAUAAAUCCGAAGCUAUACUUUGACAUGGUACAAGUGAAGCAGCAGCUGUUUCUGGACUUCGCAAAAGCAGUGGGAGAUUAUGGCGUCCCUAUGGUCAUCCGCUUUGUGCUGGUCCCAGGCAUGACCGAUACAAAGGAGGAGGUGGAGGGUCUUGUUGAGUGGGCGAAGCAGCAGCCAACGCUGGUUGGGAUUGAAAUGCUUCCGUAUCACAGACUAGGGGUCAACAAGUGGGAAGCACUAGGGCUGAAGUAUCCUUUGGAUGGAAUGGUGCCAAAUCCAAAAGAAGUCGUUGAUCAUUGGCGAUCAUACAUUGCUCUGCAAGGGCUAAAAGUGAUGCUUUAGAGUAGUUGUUGGCUGAUUGCUGUACAUUAUGAGUAUAGUUCUAAGAAUGGAUGAAGGGAAGUACGAAUUAGUCAUGGCACAAUUUUGAGAUU